AUGGACCCGCCUUCAAACCCCGUAAACAGUGACUUGGUUGCUGGGUCAGCAGAGUCUCCACCUCUGAACUACCUCUUCUUGGGCAACCCCGGAACGGGGAAGAGCACGCUGAUCAAUUGCCUAGUCGGAACCGCACUUUUCAACUCGGGAUUGAGCUACGGAGGAGGACUGACCAAGGCGUUCCAGACACGCCUUCAUGGCAAUGUCCAAUACAUGGAUACACCUGGUCUGGCCGACCGUAACAUUCAACAAAAGGCCGCGGCAGCCAUCACCGAAGCUCUCCAACAAUCCGGAACCUACAAACUCUUCUUCAUGGUGCGCCUCGAAAACGGUCGCGUCGUCAGUGAUGACCUCGCAACCAUUGAAAUUGUGGUCAGAUCCAUCCAGCUGGACGAAAUCCCGUUCACCGUCGUCGUCAACAAUGUGAAGAAACGUCAAUACAAUAAGAUGAUGGAGAAGGGGGAUGACUAUUUCAAAGUCGUCGCUCUAAUUAACUCCGUCGAAUGCAAGCCGCAGCGCAUCGUAUUCAUUCCGGUGAUCGACAAUCUAGACGAACAGGACAACGCCGUGACACAACUUCCCGCUGACGUCCAGACGUUUAUUCGAACCGAAGCUGCAACUGUUCAAAUUGCUCCCAGCGACGUCACGCCAAUCAAGAUUGAGGACUUCAAGAACGUGUCGGAAAGACUUCGCGCCGAGCAGGAGGAAUUGUUAAACAACAACGCACUGCUACGGCGUAGGAUUGCCGAGCUGAUGGAAAGGUCCAGCACUACUCAGUGUCUUUGGAGAUCAGUGGGAAAGUUUUUGUCUCCUGUGACCGAACGCUUCGCGAAUUUGGUACACUCUUCUCGUCAUUCGGACCCUAGUAGCAACGCUAGUAGGCACGUUAACAAUAAGAAGGCGAAGAACGGGUCAGCAAGUGCUACGCCUAAAGACAGUAAGGACCAGGUUGUAACAAACACCUUAUAA